AUGAACGCUUCACACCGCCGCAAAUUGGGAGACGACAAUGAUGAUGAUCACACUUAUUACGGCAGGGUUGAACAACAACAAAUAACAACACCACCAAAGAAUAAGGCAGUCUCUGGAUUUGAGUUCUCAGAGUUUAGACAGCAGAGAUUGCAGAGCUUGGCUGGUUUGGAUGUUGAAUCGUCUCCAUCAUCAAAUGAUGAAUUUGCCAAUAAGGCAAGAGAGAGAGUAUCUUUUAGUAUUCCGAGAAUGGAUUUUUCAAUGAUGGGAGGUGACUAUCAAUCUUCAUCAUUUGGUUCACCUCCACUUUCAUCGGAGAGGACAGAUUCUGUCAGAUCAAAUUUUGGUAAAGUAUUUGAUGAAGAUAUGUUGCAAUUAUUGAAUCCAAUUGCUUCUCGGGUUCAUUCCUUUGAAAAUAGAAGCAGUAGGAGGAGAAGUAUUAGUAAUAGUUCGAAAAACAGUCCUGAGGUUAUUUCAGGCAUUGUAGAUUGUCAAAAACUUGUACAGAAUGAGACUGGGUUAUCAUCUUUCCUUUGGAAACAAAGUAAGGAAUAUUUGUAUGUUUUGAUACCAAUGGGAGGAGAUAAGGGUUUCUAUAAACAGGAUGAAAAUAUUGAACUUGAUGUUCAAAUCAAAUCAAAGAGAAUUUAUGCAGCCUUCAAUGAGAAGGGUUCGGAUAUUCCACACGAAAAGCUUGUCGAUUCAGAGUUGAGCAUUGAGGUUCAAGUUGAUGAAUCAGGUUGGUGUAUUAGAAAUUCUCAUUUACUGUUAGAGUUGAAAAAAAGAGAUUCAUCUGAUGAUGUUCAAUUCCCUUUGCAAUCGAGAUUAAGAGUUAGAGAACUAGAGGAGGAAGCUGAAAAUUCUUGUAAAUAUGUAGUAAUGCCAUCAGAUGCUCCACUCCACAAGGAAAUGUAUCAGAGUUGGUUCAGUUGUAUUGAGGAUGAUAUUGCCAAUUAUUACUCCAAGUUCGAAGCUAUGAAGAAAGAUAUGGGCAUUGGAGAGAUUUCAGAUGAAGACAUGGAUGAUGCUGAAGAAUUGCACGAUGAAGCCCUGGAACAUCCAGACUUGGAUGAAGCAUUCAAAAUUUAUAAGGAAGCUGCUGAUUUGGGUCACUCUCAAUCAAGAUUUGCCUUUGCCAAUUUGUGUUUGAUAGAGGAAGACAAUCCAUUCAAAAUCAAAAGAUCAGAAGCCAUGGCUCUCAAAUAUCUAGAGAUGGCAUCUCUUCAAAAUGGGUAUGGAAAGGCAAGUUUCAAAGCUGCAAUGAUGUAUUCAAAAGGAACUGGAGUUGAAAAGAGUUACGAAAUGGCCAAGAUGUAUUUCAUGGCUGCUACUAUCCAAGAAGGUGAGCCAAAAGCAAUGUUACAAUUGGGAGCACUCUAUGAAGAAAUAGCCAACCAGAAAUCAGAUGAAUCAAUCAAGCAAGAAAAGUUACAAAAGGCUAUGGCUUGGUAUAGGUUGGCCAUCAACAGAGGUUUCUCAAAUGCUUGCUACAGUGCCUCUCUUCUCAUGCAUAAAAAGAAGGAUAAGAGUAAGAACUUUGAGUCAUCAAUGGCUUUUUUCAACUUGGGAAGAGCCUUUUCUUCGAAACUUGAUGAUAAUGCCUACUUGACGACAAAGGAAAAGUUAGAACCAAUUGAAGAUUCUGAUGAAUUAAUUAUUCCUCAUUGGUCUCCAAGAAAGAGUACUGUCAAGCCAAGAAGUUCUAUAAACUCUGCCAGAAACUCAAUAAGUAGUGGUAGAAGAAGGACUAUCGACCCUGUAGAUACAAUUGGUUUCAAACCAUUAGAAAAGUUUAGUCUCCCAAAUGAAACUCAGCUCUUGAAGAAACAAAUUGAAAAGCUCCAAUCUGAAAAGUUUGCACUCGAAGAAACUGUUGAAAGAUUAAAACUUGAACAUGAUAGACAAGUGCUCAACAUGACCACAGAUAUUAACAACCUGAAAUCAGAGUUGCAAAAGUACAAGUUUGAAGAAAAAUCUAGAAUUGAAGAAAUGUCAAAUGUUACCAAACUGAGAGAAACAUUGACACAAUUCCAAGAACAAGAAUUAAGACUUGCCAUUCACCAUGCCCUCUUGAGUUUGAAAUUAAGAGCAAACACCAACUUGGAAUUGCCACCAUUGGUUGAAAAGGCUGUAGAUGAAAAGAUUCCUAUGGACAAGUUAGGUAGUUGGUUUCAAAGUCAGUGCGAAAAUUAUGAAGGAGGUUGAUCGUUCUCCUACUAUAAUAUUCACUUCUCUAUCUAAAUUAUCAAUAUUUACGGGAGCUGUGAUGAUGAAGGAAGUUGUAAAUGAAACCAAUCGAAUAUUCUUUGACUCGAAAAAACAAUGAAAAUUUCUCUAAGUAAACCCAAACAAAAGAUUU